AUUUCCCUCAGAUUUGGGGCCCAUCAGUCUGACGUUGAGCUGCUGCCUGCCUCGUCUCCCAAACUAUAAAAAUAAAAGCGACUCCUUCCUCCCGGCCGCAGAGUGUCCCCGCGCCCGGCCCGACGCGGGGCUGAGCCGGCCCCGCCGCCCGGCAGCGCCUCUCGCCGCCGCUCAUGGACAUCGCGACGGGUCCCGAGUCCUUGGAGAGGUGCUUCCCGCGGGGCCCACCGGACUGCGCCAAGAUGCUGGACGGCAUUAAAAUGGAAGACCACCCCCUGCGCUCGGGGCCGGCCACGCUGGGAGUGCUGCUGGGGUCGGAGUGCCAGCACCAGGCCGUCUGCGAGGGCUGCCAGCGGCCCAUCUCGGACCGGUUCCUGAUGCGGGUGAACGAGUCCUCCUGGCAUGAGGAGUGCCUACAGUGCGCCGCGUGCCAGCAGGCGCUCACCACCAGCUGCUACUUCCGGGACCGCAAGCUCUACUGCAAGCAGGACUACCAACAGCUGUUUGCUGCCAAGUGCAGCGGCUGCAUGGAGAAGAUCGCGCCGACGGAGUUCGUGAUGCGCGCGCUGGAGUGCGUGUACCACCUGAGCUGCUUCUGCUGCUGCGUCUGCGAGCGCCAGCUGAGGAAGGGGGACGAGUUUGUCCUCAAGGAAGGGCAGCUGCUCUGCAAAAGUGACUAUGAGAAAGAGAAAGACUUGUUGAGCUCGGUCAGCCCAGACGACUCAGACUCAGUCAAAAGUGAUGAUGAAGACGGAGAUGUUAAGCCCACCAAAGGCCAAGUAACCCAAGGAAAAGGAAGCGAUGAUGGGAAGGACCCAAGAAGACCUAAACGACCAAGGACAAUACUUACCACACAGCAGAGACGAGCAUUCAAGGCAUCCUUUGAAGUGUCUUCUAAGCCCUGCAGAAAGGUCAGAGAAACAUUGGCAGCUGAAACAGGGCUCAGUGUGCGAGUCGUCCAAGUCUGGUUUCAAAACCAAAGAGCAAAGAUGAAAAAGCUAGCACGAAGGCACCAACAGCAGCAGGAGCAGCAGAACUCGCAGCGACUAGGGCAAGAAGUAAUGUCCAACCGAAUGGAAGGGAUGAUGACAUCUUACACACCACUUGCACCACCACAGCAGCAGAUUGUAGCAAUGGAGCAAAGCAGUUAUGGCACAGACCCAUUUCAGCAGGGUCUUACCCCUCCACAAAUGCCAGGCGACCACAUGAACCCCUAUGGAAACGACUCCAUUUUUCAUGAUAUCGACAGUGAUACCUCUUUAACUAGCUUGAGCGACUGUUUUCUUGCCUCUUCCGAAGUUAACUCCAUGCAGGCUAGAGUAGGAAACCCCAUUGACAGGCUGUACUCUAUGCAGAGCUCCUAUUUCGCCUCAUGAAAGUAACGAGAACUAACAGCCGGCGUGCGUGUAGCCAGUGACUUUUCCAGUGCAGACUCUACAGCCAUAUGUUGCCCAGCUCUUCCUUCACAGUGACUCUGCUGCCUCUGGACUGCAAAGAGCAUUUUUUUAGGAAGACUGUCUCUGUUUGCAUAUAUGUGUAUGUAUGUACAUAUAUUUUAAUACCUACAUACAUACAUAUAUAGAGAGACAAAACACAUCCACCCGUCCCAUACCCUUGAUUCCCAGCUGGCGCCAGACCACGAGACAAGCACGGAAGGAACAGAAGAACCUGCUCGUCCUCAGCCUUUGAUCUGGUUUGGUUUGAGCUCAUCAUCUUAAAAGAAAUGGAUUUUGUGGAAAGCUAGACCUUUUCCUCCUCUCUCUUCUCCUUUCUUUUGGAUGUCUAAACUUUUUUUUUAGCCACUGAUACUGACAUCAGUCAACCAUAUGACAAAUAAAUCAAAGAAACUGGAGAUUCCUCCUUUUCUUACUGCAUGAUUCAUACUAUGUUGUGGAUAAAUUUCCAUUUGAACUGUGAGAAGUUAAUGUAAAUGUGACGUUCAACAUUUGUUUCCUUUCUACACUUUUUCUACAUAACCUAGAUCUGCUCAUUAGUUUAUAGCCCUUAUGCGUAUGAUACUGAGGAAACUGGUUAGCAGUAUUUGUGGAAAAAGCCGGUGAUUUCAGAGUAAGAAAGGUCUAUGACCCUGGAGAGGAGAUGCAUGUUAGGGGCAGAGGCAUUUAGGUUAGUAUUGAUCUUAAAUAAUUAAAACUAAAGGUGCUUACAAGACAGAUCUAUUUAAUUUUUUUCUGAAGUGUGAGAUUAAAAUAUUUACAUUUGUUUGUAAGUAUUGCAGUGCCAAAUUUCAAGACUAGACCAUGACUGGCAAAGAAGUGUUUUUCAUUCUGUUCUGUUUAUUUCUUUUGCAUGAGGCAUAAAUGUGCUGUUCUUUAUUGUUCAUCUGGAAUAAUUAAGCACUGCUUUAGUUACCUUGCCUCAGCAAGAAUCAAGGAUACACAGUUCUAGCCUGAAACACCAGAAGUCCUGAAAUGUGCACCAGCCAGGAACAGCAAACUGUGAAAGAAAUGACAAUGGAAAGUUCAGGUAGGUUGAGCUGAAAUUUUGGCAGGGCCUGCCAGGACCCCUGGCUGCGGUGCCAGCUGAGUGAGCAGUGCGAGCUCCGCAAGGACAAAGGGGUGGCCCAGCUGGCGUCUGUCUCUGAUGCUGAAGUUUGAGCAUUUGUCAUAUAAAUUUUUGUAGGGCAUAAAAUAUCAUAAAUAAUAAUAGUAUAGCUAUAAAUAUUGCCUGGUGAUAAUUAUAAUGUGGAGAAGCAGACAAGUACAGUCAUGGCUCUCAGUAGAGAAAACUUCAUGGGGAAUAUUUGCCAGGGUAAUAUCAGUAAUUAUAGGGUGUGUUCAAAAUAGAGCUCAUGGGGAAAGAUUGGCAGGAUAGGCACUUUCUUAAAUAAAUACCUUUAAUAUAUUGACCGUAAUAGCUGAAAAACAAGUCCAAAGCUUUCGUUAAUCUAACUCCUCCAGGCUGAGGACUGGUACCAGGCCAGCGUGGCAGUGUCCCUGUGGGGCUUGGCAUCUUCUGUGGGAGCGUGGGUCUGCCAUGGAGGGGGGCCAGAGCAGGACCCCCGCAGCCUCAGCAGGCAGGGAGGGAGCAGCCCCACUGCUGCGGGCCCGGCAGCCUCGGGGAGGGCUGCGGGAGCCCCACUGGGCGCAGCUGGUGCAGACAGACCCUCCUGGUGCUCGGGGCACGCCUGGGAAGGGCAGCAGGAUGGGGCAAGGGAACAAAUACCAUUCCCCCAGCAUGGAAGUGUGCCCUGAGCACGUUGGACGUUUCUUGAGAAAGCCAGGUGUUAUCUGCAGUGUAAGUGCAUAGGUUCUCACUCUGGAGAGGAUGAGAGCACCGUGGAUGAGGCUCUGUGUGUGUGUGUGUGUGUGUGUCUGUGCGCGUGUGCCCGUGUGUGUAUAUGUGUAUGUCUGUGUGUGUCCAUGUGUCUGUGUCCAUGUGUAUGUCUGUGUCUGUGUGUCUGUGUGUCUGUGUGUGUGCCCCUGAGUGUGUGCAUGUCAUGCAGGGGGGCAGAGCUCAGACCAAGGACCGUCCUCCCACUGCUUGAGGUGCGGAGCCCCUGUGUCCCGCACACAGCCUCGGUCGGGAAAGGGACUGGUGGCUCUGCAAGGGUUCCAGGGGUCCUUCCUGUCCCUGUCCCUGUCCCUGUCCCUGUCCCUGUCCCUGUCCCUGUCCCUGUCCCUGACUGCUGCCAUCCCCAGGAAGGUGGGUUUGUUGUGUCCAGAUGCUUUGCCUAGUGACCGUUCCCUGCUUUCUGGCAAGGAUGUGGUUUCAACUGAGCAUUGUGAGCCCCUGGAUAUAUUUUGAAAUGGAAAGGAUUUUCUUUUCUUACCCAUCCUGUUCAAGUAUUUUACCCUUCUUUGUGUAUCAAAAUAACAAUUUCCUUUCUCUCUGCAUGAUAGCAAACAUCUAUAAAGAACUCAGGUGAUCCUCGCUGCUUGCAGGGCAGAAGCAAGCGGGUUUCAUAUGGCACAUGUAAACAUGUCAUUUGUCACCACCAACCUCAAUGGAGUCAUCGUUUCCCUCUUCUCCCCUCUGCUGUGCUACUUUACAGUCAUAGAAAAGCCUCUCAGAUGCACCAGUUUGUAGACUCCUCACACAAGCACAGCCUUGCUUCACAUCUCAUUACUGGCAGGAUCAAAAUGGCAUUUUUGGUGUUUACAGGGACUUAAAUGAGAACUAUAAUAUAACCUACAGUUUGGAGAACUGCCUUGUCCCAACUCUACCUCUGCAUCUGGGAUGGAUGUUGAAAAAUAAUCCAUCUCCAAGGAAAAAAUCAGACAUCCCAUUUUAUAGCUGAAGUAUAUAUAAUUCUUUGCUGAUUUUUUGGAUGACUGUUUGCCACCUUUUUUUUUUUCGUGCUUGUACAUACUCUCUCCUCUCCCUUGGUGUGUCGUAUGAUGAUGCCUUAGCUGUUUGUUGCCCCACGUUCUGCCACCCUUGGAGCCACACACACGCACACAUCCAGGCCCUUGGCACGUGUAACAUUUUCCAUGCCAUGGUGGGCCACUGCUGGUCCAGGGAAGGAAUGCAUAGGCAAGGAUUUCCAGUGGGCCUGCAAUAGCUGGCAAAGGCCAAAGUUCAUUAAAGCAAAAUAAAUGUCACUUUCUUUUUGUGGAAUAAAUUAUCCUACUGGAGUGUGAUCAUUGUGGUUUUAACCUGGGACCUUGCAGUAAAAGAUUAUACAGCAACCUCUGACCUCUUUGAUUUCUGCUUUACUCUUCUGUUGUCAAGGGAAUGUCCCUGAUCAGGUGAAAGUAAAAUGUGUAAUGGGCCAUAUCACAGUAAUACCUUUCAUUGAGUCAAAUUGAUAAACUCUUGCCAAAAAUUCUUAGCAUCUGGCACUUCCACGGAAACCACAAACAAUGAUUGCACAUAUGGGAGCUCAAAGGCCAGAGGUCAUGACAGCAGUUUAUUACAUGCACCUUACAGUGAUCAUUUUCCCUAGGAAAUUAACCCCUCUCUAACAGAAACGCAUCAAGUGAGCUCUUCACAGUAUUUCCAUCGUAUUGUUUUGGCUAAUCAAGGAAUAAGUGUGCAGCUAAAGUGGUGACAAGAUGCAAUUAAGUAAAAGAUGAUUGAUUAGGUUUCAGUGUGCUUAAUAAUGUAUAAAAAAGAUGAUUGUGAGAUCAGAAUGAAUAUGCUGGCUAUGAGCUCAGAGGUCCUUCUCGUGCAGCUGCAGGUCUGUGAGGGUGGCAGAGGGUUCCAGCGCCCUGAGCAGUGACUGAGCUGCUGGUGUGGGUGCCAGCUGGGCGCUGGGUGCAGCAGCACCUUUGGUGUGGGUGCCAGCUGGGCGCUGGGUGCACCUUCCCUUGGGGGGCUGGCUGCCAGGGCACGGCUCGGGCUGUGCUGCUGUUCCAGACCCUGCUCUUCACUGCCCUGAGCAGCAGCCCUGGGGCUGCCGGAGACAUUUCACACUCACAGCACUGAAGAUAAUUGUGUUGCUGUAAAUAAAUGGUGGUGGUUACACUCACUUAUAUUGAAACAUCAUCCUGGGUAUUUUGAUCUCCUUUUCUUCUUUAAACUCUGUCAUCAAAACCAUCCAAUCACUUGGCUCAGUCGCAGCUAAGCAUGCCUGAGAUGUGGCUCAUGUUAGUCGUAGAGUUGCUGCUGAGUGGAUUUUUCUAAUCCACCCUGCAGAACUCGGAUGAUCAUUGCCAGGUCCUUUGAAGGGUCAUUGCCAGCAAACCUUCCAGAGAUGAUGUGAACCCACUUCCCUCUUCCUACUGUGCUCAGGACUCCCUUCCAUUUUCCUUAAGGGCCAGAGGUAUAUCCCAAGCCACUGCCCCAGGCACUCCAGUGAACCCAGCUCUGGGACACUGCUGGGAUGCUGCAGGCUGGGCUUUACAAGAGCACGUCUAUGAACCGUGUCAUAAGAACUCUGGUUCUCUCUGAAAGUCACUAGAAAUGAGCAGCAGAAUCACGAGGAAGGGAAGGAUUCUCACAGGCUGGAGCUGGGUCACAGCAGUGAAAGGACAGAGGCAGCUGAAGCCCAACACGGCCGUGGGAGCUGGAGCCACAGUGCCCAGAGUCUCAGUGCUUCGGAUCUGCUUCACACAGCCCCACGCCCGGCCCACCCCACCAAUGUGUGACCAGUGCUGCUCCCCAGCAUGCAGGUCCCUCCCGAGCCGCUGCCACGGCCUGGGGCGCAGGGCAGCCCCAGGGCCAGCGCUCCAGGCACCGGCGCUCCUUGCUUAGGGACGUGCUUGGGCAUUUGCUCGCCCGAAGCCUUUUGGCUUUGGUGGGCUUUCAACACAGUCUUGCCUCUCUGAGGCCGAUCCGACUGCGCUGACGGCUGCUUCCCUCCUGCUGGCUGCACCUGCAUCACCUUGGCUUGGUGCACUCUGGCUCUGUUCAGCAGCAGCUGUGAAGGGGCUGCCAGAUACUUUGCAUUGGGAACUCUGUUUUUAGGUGAACACCCUAUUUUUUAGCUGUGUAUGGCUGUAUUACUUGUAUAUUUAUAUAUUCUGUAUUUAUGUUAUCGAAAUGUAGUAUUUUGUAGCUGUCUGUUACAAUUUGUUUAACUUGUAAAAAAUAUGACUGUGCUCUCUCAUACUUAACCAGCUCCUUUCACUGUAGAUUCGCUGCUCCUUUCCCUCCGUGUCGGAAACAAACCACCAUAAUGUAUGUAGAUUGGAAUUUUUUCUUUAUUUAAUUAUUUGUCAUUAUUAAAUUAUUUAUUAGUGUUUUUAAUUUUCAUUUCACUUCAAUUUUUUUCCUGCCACCAUUGCUGGCAGCCAAGAUCCAUGUUUCUCAUGCAUCACGUUCCUUCCCACGUGCAUGUGCACGUACACGCACACACACACACACACACACACAGAGUAUAAACA